CCGGAAGGUUGCGAGUUCAAACCCCCGAGCUGACAAGGUCUGUUGUUCUGCCCCUGAACAAGCAGUUAACCCACUGUUCCCAGGCCGUCAUUGAAAAUAAGAAUGUGUUCUUAACUGACUUGCCUGGUAAAAUAAAAAAUAAAUAAAAAGAGGAGCCCUACAAUCUGCUUCAACUUUAAAGGGACCACAUGAGUGGUGGCAUUUAAUGAAACUGUUCUACGAAUCAGUAAACAUUUUUAUGCUAAGCUCAGAGAUUUAGCCAUACUCUCAGGUGCAUUGGAUAUUCCUGCUGGACUGAACGUUGCAGUAGAUUGAAAGCCUUUGUGACAACCACAUCGAGGGAAAAAAAGCAUAAUUUACACCAAACAAACAAUGAAGCUAAAAAGAUGGCCCAAUAGGCUGUUACAUUGAACAUAAAUGACAAUACAUUUAGUCAAUAGGAAAAUAGAGGCAACAGACGAAUUCUGAAGUUUUGAUGAGGAUACUAUCUGGUGCUAGCAAAUUGACAGAGGACUCCUUUUCCCCUUCAAUGGAAUACUGCAGCACCGCUGCUGUUUAAGAAGAUUGUACUACUUAGAAUCCGAUUACAGCAGGUACUCCCAGGACAGGGCCUUGCCUAAAGCCCUGGUAGUGGCAGUGAGUGAACUGCAACACUGCACUUAUACUGUAUCAGAGGCUCAUUACUCUGUGAGGUGGCAGCACUGCAACUACUGCAGUGACUUAGGAGACAAUGGAAAGUUGGUUUUAAUGCAGGUUUGUUUUUUAAUUCAGUGCUGUGGACGCAGUCAGAUGAAUAUGAGGCAACAAAGGUACUGGUGGAUUAUCUGUCCAAUGGAGUCUGAAUACCCUCCAGUCCUCUGCUCUACCCACAUUUAAAAUGUGUCAAAACUGUGAGCCCAGUAGAGCUGUGGUUCACAAGGCAUUGUCAAAUAGUUUAGGGUCAGGCUUGAAUUGAAGUUCAGCAGCUUCACUAAGGUUUUGCUCAGAGUGCAUCUCCAACAAAUCAAAUUGCAAUUGUUUACAUGCGCCAAUACAACUCAUGUAGACUUUACUGUGAAAUGCUUGCUUACAAGCUCUUUCGAAUAAUGCAGAGUUUCCAAAUGAAAACAAAAAUAGUAGAGGGGAAUAAAAUAAAUAAACAAGAAUGGACCUACAGUGUGCUCGGAAAGUAUUCAGACACCUUGACUUUUUCCACAUUUUGUUACAUUACAGCCUUAUUCUAAAAUGGAUGAAGUAGUUUUCCCCCCUCAUCACUCUACAUGCAAUACCCCAUAAAGACAAAGCAAAAAACAUUUAUUUUUAUUUUUUAUGUUUGCAAAUGUAUUAACAAUAAACAACUGAAAUAUCACAUUUACAUAAGUAUUCAGAACCUUUACUCAGUACUUUGUUGAAGCACCUUUGGCAGCUAUUACAGCCUCGAGUCUUCUUUGGUAUGACGCUACAAGCUUGGCACACCUGUAUUUGGGGAGUUUCUCCCAUUCUUCUCCGCAGAUCCCCUCAAUCUCUGUCUGGCUGCACAGCUAUUUUUAGGUCUCUCCAGAGAUGUUCGAUCAGGUUCAAGUCCAGGCUCUGGCUGGGUCACUCAAGGACAUUCAGAGACUUUUCCCGAAGCCACUCCUGCUUUGUCUUGGCUGUGUGCUUAGGGUCGUUGUCCUGUUGGAAGGUGAACCUUUGCCCCAGUUUGAGGUCCUGAGUGCUCUGGAGCAGGUUUUCAACAAGGAUCACUCUGUACUUUGCUCCGUUCAUCUUUCCCUCAAUCCUGACUAGUCUCUCAGUGCCUACCCCUGAAAAACAUCCCCACAGCAUGAUGCUGCCACCACCAUGUUUCACCGUGGGGAUGGUGCCUGGUUUCCUCCAUAUGUGAUGCUUGGCAUUCAGAUGAAAGAGUUCAAUCCUGGUUUCAUCAGACCAGAGAAUCUUGUUUCUCAUGGUCUGAGAAUCCUUUAGGUGCCUUUUGGCAAACUCCAAGUGGGCUGUCAUGUGAUUUUACUGAGGAGUGGUUUCCAUCUGGCCACUUUACCAUAAAGGCCUGAUUGAUGAAGUGCUGCAGCGAUGGUUGUCCUUCUGGAAGGUUCUCCCAUCUCCACAGAAGAACUCUGCAGUUCUGUCAGAGUGACCAUCAGGUUUUUGGUCACCUCCCUGACCCAGGCCCUUCUCCCCAAUUUGCUCAGUUUGGCCGGGGGGGCAGCUCUUUGAAGUGUCUUGGUGGUUCCAAACUUCUUCCAUUUACGAAUGAUAGAGGCCACUGUUUUUUCGGAUUCACUCAAUGCUGCAGAAUUGUUUUGGUACCCUUCCCCAGACACAAUCCUGUCUCGGAGCUCUACGGACAAUUCUUUCGACCUCAUAGCUUUGUUUUUGCACUGUAGGGAUGCAGCCAGCCAAUAUGCUCUCGAUGAUGCAGCUAAAACUUUUUGAGGAUCCGGGGGCCCAUGCUAAAUCUUUUUAGCCUGCUGAGGGGGAAGAGGUGCUUCUGUGCCCUCUUCAUGACUGUGCGGAUGUGUGUGGACUAUGUUAAGUCCUUAGUGAUGUGGCGCCAAGGAACUUGAAGCUCUCGACCCGCUCCACUACAGCCCUGUCAAUGUGGAUGGGGACGUGCUCUCCCCUCUUUCUCCUGUAGUCGACGAUCAGCUCCUUGGUCUUACUGAAGUUGAGGGAGAGGUUAUUGUCCUAGCACCACAAUGCUAUGUCUCUGACCUCCUGCUUGUAGGCUGACUCAUUGCCGUCGGUGACCAGCACUGUGUCGUCAGCGAACUUGGUCACGCAAUUGUGGGUGAACAGGGAGUACAGGAGGGGACUAAGCAAACACUCGAGGAAGUCCAGGAUCCAGUUGCAGAGGUAGGGGUACAGUCCCAGGGUCCCUAGCUUGGUGAUGAGCUUGGAGGGCGCUAUGCUGUUGAACGCUGAGCUGUAGUCUAUGAACAGCAUUCUCACAUAGUUAUUUCCCCUCUUGUCCAGGUGGAAGAGGGCAGUGUGAAGUGCAAUUGAGAUUGCGUAAUCUGUGGAUUUGUUUGGGCUGUACGCAAAUUGGAGUGGGUCUAGGGGGUCUGGGAUAAUGGUGUUGAUGUGUGUCCUAACCAGCUUUUCAAAGCACUUCAUAAUUACAUACGUGAGAGCUAAAAGGCAAUAGUCAUUUAGGCAUAUUACCAUGGCGCUCUUGGGAACAGGGACAAUGGUGGUCAGUUUGAAACAUUUUAGGAUUACAGACUGGGACACGGAGAGAGGUUACAUGAUCUGGAGAAACAGGGGCUUUCACGCAAGCCAUGGUUUUAUAUUCUUCGAAGCAUUAAAGGCAUUUAGCUCGUUUGGGAGAUCUGCAUCGCUGCUCAACUCAUGGCUGGGUUUCCCUUUGUAAUCCAUCAUUGUCUGCUAUCCCUGCAUAUACAUAUUACGAACGUCGGUGUAAUAGGAUUCCACCUUCCUCCUAACUUGUCCUUUUGCAUGUUAGAUGUCUCGUCGUCGGUCGUAGCGGAGGGCUUUCUUGUAUGCGUCCAUGUCCGUGUCCCGUUCCUUGUAAGCUUUAGCUCUAGCUUUUAGCCCAGUGUGCAUUUUGCCUGUAAUCCAUGGUUUUUGAUUUGGAUAAGUUCGUAUAGACAUUUUGGGGAUGAUGUCAUCUAUGCACUUAUUGAUGAAGCUCAUGACUGUCCUGGAUAAAUCCCGGAACAUAUCCCAGUCUGAAUUUGAAGGCAUUCAGUUGUACAACUGACUAGGUAUCCCCCUUUCCCUUACUAGCGAAACCGUUUUAUAGCUUCGCGUGUGCUUCAUCUAACCACUUCCAUAUUGAGUGCAUCACUGAUACUUCCAUGUGUGUGUGCAUACUGUAUGUGUGUGUGUGUGUGUGUGUGUGUGUGUGUGUGUGUGUGUGUGUGUGUGUGUGUGUGUGUGUGUGUGUGUGUGUGUGUGUGUGUGUGUGUGUGUGUGUGUGUGUGUGUGUGUGCGCACGUGUGUGUUUUAGGGAAGACAGUGCAGAGUGUGUGUGUUGGAGCAGGCAGAUAAAGCUCCAGUCUGGGCCUUUAUAAGAAGUCUCAUAAAUCCUGCGGGUCCCCCCAAUCUGUGGGCCGUGUCGGAUGACAUUUGGCCUGUGAAAGCCCAGCCCCAGAGAGGCCAUCGCUCUGUCACUAAGGCUCACUCAUGCAUGCUUUUUCCGUCUCAGUGGUAGCGGUAGUAAAGGUGUUAAUAGAUGCACAUUUAAUAGAUGCACAUUCAGUAUGCUGAGAAAGACUGCCUUAAACCCCUAUUAUCUGCCAAUGACAGAAUUAGCAUUAGCGGCUGCUCAUCGCCCCACACCCCUGUAAAUGACACACCGUUAAAACCUGCAAGGCAGCACCCAGACACAGGCCUAUCUACCUUUUGAUUCCUUUUAUCAUAGUGCCAGUGCCACCCAUGUGAAGGGCCAGCCUCUAGAUAGAGAGGAAGCAGUCAUUGGUUCACCACAUUUCCAUACAAUGCUGCUGUAAAGUGUGUGGUUCAAUGGGCUUCCUGUUACAAUGGUAAUCGAAAAGGCACAGAGGGGAUGUCGUGGCAUGUCAUGUCACAUGGCAUGUGUGUGUUUUAUUCAUGCUCUUAUGGUCAUGUUUGUUUGCCCACAGACUACUUAGCUUAAAGGCUCUUAAAGCCUCUCCUAGAUCACUGGCCCAGCAUGGCCCGUAUGGUAUAUCACUGGUAAGCUGGAAACUCCAUAGUGGGCAGACAGAUUUGUUGUGCUGUUAGCACUAAUCUGGGUAGUAUUUUUGUUUUAUGGCGUAGGAUAACUGCCCUUAUCAUCGCAAUCCUCCAUUUCCCGGAGCGCCCCGGAUUUGUUGUCAUAACUUUUCCAUAGUACAUCACUUCUCUGUAGUAGAUAUUGUUUCACUACUUUAUUAUGUCUGAUAUUUGCAAGCUAAACACUAAUAAACUCCUGCCUUAUCAGUCGGAUAAUUCGCUUUUUAUGUUAAUCCAUAACAUCGUGUUGACCCUAUGUAUGACCAAUUUUCAUAGACUUUGAAUAAUAACCUAAUCAACUGCAUAUAAUUAUUCUGAACAUGUUUCCCGGGAUUUCACCAGUUUCAUAAAAUUUUUUACUCACACUGGUGAAGAUAACCUCAUCAAUCAUGUCUGCCCACAGACCGUGGACCACUUAUAACAAACAACAGUUUGUCUGGGGUUGUGCCUAUGUCUGAGGACAACCCACCCAGACACAGCUUUAAAUCUGAUCAGGGUCCUACAAUAACAUACAUCCUCUUAGAUAGACAAAGCAUCUCCUUUAUCUCUCUGAAGAUGGCUGAAGAUUAAAAAUAAGUAACAGAGGCAGUGUGAAAGAAAAUAUUCAAAACGCUCCAAUUGCCAUAACAACUAUAAAGACACAUCGUUUUUCAAAGAUCAAAAUGGAUGAUCAGUGAAGGGAUCUUCUAAUUGUUUCCACUAUAGAACAUCCAUUCUAACAGAUCAAAUAUAUAUUCAAGUACUUUAAUUGUCUUCUCUUGUUUUCUGCCUGUGCUGGCUGUUGAGUUGGCCCGAAAAUCUGACUAACUGCGACAGCCUUUAGGUCCUUCUCUCUCUUUUGUCUUGGUGCUUAAUGAAAGUUGCAACUGGGAUCCUGCCAGGCAGGAAUGUUGAGAGGUGCUCUGCUCAGCACUGACCCUGUCUGUCACUCUGCCACUCCCAGGCUCACAGACUGCAGGUAGGGUUUGUGUGUGGCUGUGUGGCUGUGUGGGUGGAUGGAGAUAGACUUAUCUCUGACCUGAACAGAUGCCAAGUGUUUAAUUAAACUCUGUGUCGUUCCAAUCCCAGCAUGCUGUGGCUAAGCCAGGCCCGGGCUCAGGACACUGUUCUGAGGGGUGGAGGGCGGAGAGGUGACCCAGCUGCCACGGGGGGCUCCGCUGUCCCGCUAGGUGUUAGAGUGCUCCAGGAUAAGCCCCCCACUCACAAAGGACCCGGCUAGCCGUUGAUGGACCCUGCGUACACUCAUUAAACCUGGACUGGACCUCUCACCACCACUCCUGGGACUGUUGUAAGGCAGGAGGGUCGAGUGAUAUCAAGGUCUGGCUUAAAAUGUUUAUAAGAGAGAAAACUCAAAUACAUUUGAGAGAAAACUCUUGUAAAGUGAGUUCAGUUUCAUGGUCUAUUUUUGACACAUAUCAGCAGUUGCAUUUGUUGUUGGUACCCACUGAUAUAUAACUAUUUCGAUAUUGUUUCAGAAAGUUAAAUACAAUCAAGUAGGAGAGAUGAAUGAAGAGAAAGAUGAACAUCAACAUUAUUAAGUGAGAGGGAUAGAGGAAGGAGGGAUGUAGUAGAAAGAUAGGGCACUAGAGAGACAGACAGUCCGUGUCAGUGAAUCCAAGCCAUGUUUUCCUGGCUGCUCUCUGCAGGGGAGAUUACUCGGCCUUACUCCAGCCAGGCAAACUCUGUCCCCAGAGAGCUCAGUACUGACUACUGACCAAGCAUGGAGGUCCUGCAGCACACUUCCAGCUAACUCCAGAGCAGAGAGCUGAUCGGCUGGACCAGUAUGCUGGGAGGGGAUCCUGUGGAGGAGUGACAGGCAGCAGUUCUCAGGCUGGACGCUGUGUGAGACAGUGGGUCCCUUCACCGCCAUGGAGUUUGGGAGGUUUCAUUCAAAGUACCAAAAACCUUUGCUGCUCAUCAUGAUGACGUUCAAACUGGGUAUACUGUGCACAGCAGCAGCAGACAAGUGUCUGUCGGCCCCGUGUCAGAAUGGCGGUACGUGUCUCGAACAAAUGGGCAACUACACGUGUCUCUGUCCCAGAUGGCCAGUCCGCUAUAUGGGCAAGGACUGUAGGGAGCUGUAUGACCCCUGUGUCCACGAUGCGCCAUGCGCCAACUGUACCAGCACACUGGGCACAGAGGUCUACACCUGCCACUGCCCCGACAACUUCGCAGGGACCAACUGCACACUCAACAUCAACAUCAAGUGUGAGAGCAACCCAUGUAAGGGUGUCAGGUCCCAUUGUGUGGACAGGGUGGAUAGCUACACCUGCCACUGUCCCCCUGGCUAUGGAGGAGAUCACUGCCAGGCGAGGGACUGCACUGAGGAGCCGUGCCACAACGGUGCCACCUGUGUUGACACAUCGGAUGGGUACCAGUGCCAGUGCGUCCCAGGCUUCCAGGGGAGUGACUGUGAGGAGAACAUAGAUGACUGUAAGUCACUCCCUUGUCAGAACGGAGCCAUCUGUAAAGAUGACGUCAACGGAUACCAGUGCUUUUGUGUGCCUGGUUUCCAAGGCUACCACUGCGACCUGGACAUUAACGAGUGUGUGUCGCGGCCGUGCAAGAACAAUGGGACCUGUGUCAAUGAGGUGGACCGCUAUGAGUGCAAAUGUCUGCUUGGGUUCAAAGGGGUGAACUGUGAAGUGGAGAUCGAUGAGUGUGAGGAGCAGCCCUGCCAGCAUGGAGCCACCUGCCACGACCGUGUGGGCCUGUACACCUGUGAGUGUGUUUCCGGGUACGAGGGCCGUGACUGUGAGCUGGACAUUGAUGAGUGUGCCAGCGGGCCGUGUCUCAACGAGGGCAACUGUACAGACCUGGUGAACAGCUAUGAGUGUGACUGCAACGGGACAGGCUUCACAGGAGAGCAAUGUGAGGUGGACAUCUCAGAGUGUGCUUCGGACCCCUGCCAGAAUGGAGCCACCUGCCUAGAGGGGGUCAACCAAUACGACUGUGUCUGCUGGACAGGUUAUGAAGGGAAGAACUGUCAGGUGGAUAUUGAUGAGUGUGAGCUGCAGCCCUGUGAGAAUGGAGGAGAGUGUUUCCAGCGCUCAGAGCUGCUGCACUACGGGGUGCUGUCUGGACUGGAUGACAGGGAGUUCAACUAUGAGGAAGCAGCUGGGUUCCUCUGCCACUGUCAGCCUGGGUUUGCUGGUGAGAGCUGUGAAGAGAAUAUAGACGAGUGUGAGUCUGCUCCAUGUCAGAACGGAGGGAGCUGUGAGGACCUGGUCAACUCAUACCAGUGUGACUGUCCACCUGGGUUCACAGGUAUGCACUGCGAGGUAGACAUUGACGAGUGUGAGAGCGAGCCCUGUCAGAACGGCGGGUCCUGCAAGGACGCCGCCAACUCCUACACCUGCAACUGUGUGACGGCGGGUCCAGGGGAGGAGCCAUGGGGUGGCCAUAACUGUGACGUCCGUCUGAUUGGCUGCAGGGAACACCUGUGUGAGAACGGAGCCACGUGUGUGCCCAUCCUAAGCCAAAAAGUGCACAGUGGGGAAGAUGGGGAUGAACAAGAGCAUGAUCACACCUGCCUCUGUCACCCUGGCUUGACUGGGAAGCACUGCAGCAUUCCCACCACCUUCUCCUUCAACAGAGAGGGGUAUGUCCUUAUCCAGCUCCCUCCUAUAGCUAACAGGACCAGUAGAGGGAUUGACCCCCAGCACCACCACCACCACCACUAUGGGAUCCACGUCCAGCUGCGCUUCAGGACCACCCUGACUGAAAUGCUGCUGUUCUACAGAGGGGCUGAGGACAACAGUGUGUCCCUGGAGAUUGUGGGGGGCCAUAUCCAUGCUAGAGCUGGAUCAGGGAAGGAGCUACAGGCCACCUACCAUCUCCCUGUCAAUGACGGAGACUGGCAUGAGGCCAAAGUGACCAUGGAUGAGAAGCUGGUGCUGAUGGUGAAAGGACCAGGCUGUGACAAUGACGGGGGUUGCACAGUGGAGGACGAAGGACACAACCAACUGAUCUUCUUCCAACCUGGAUCAUUCCCCCAGGUCUAUGUGGGUGGGGCCCCCCAGAAGUAUCUGGACAACACAGAGAGUAGGAAGGGUUUCAUUGGCUGCAUGGAGGAUCUACAGGUUGACCACCAGCUGCUACUGCCUCAGGAUAUCUUCCCAGAGCACGUCCAAGACAUGGAGCUGGGCUGCAACAAGACCGACUGGUGUCAUCCUGAUCCUUGCCAUCAUCGUGGGCAUUGUAUUGACCUGUGGACUAGCUUCAGCUGUGAGUGUGAUCGACCCUAUCACGGCUCCCUGUGUGAAGAAGAAUACCCCUCGUGGACAUUCAGUAAUGAAGACACUGUGAGCUAUGCUGCCUUCAACAUCAACCAAACGGACGGGGAGAACUUCAACAUCUCCUUCUUCCUGCGCUCUCUGAAGCCUAGCGGCCUGCUCCUCCAGCUGCGGAGAGGGAGGAGGGCCUACCUCACCCUGUACCUGCGGGAGGGAACCCUGGUCUUCAACAGCCCCCCCACCACCCUGUUCUCUAACGGUACCUACAUCACCAGCGGACAGAGGGAGCUGGUCACUGUGGUGGUACGCCAGGGUCAGGUAGGGUUCAGUCAGGGUGGGACACAGUUAUCCCUGGGGCGGGUGAGGAUGGAGCAUGGGGACGUGGUGUACAUGGGGGGUCUGCCACCGGGGGAGUCCACUGCCCCCUGGGGAGGUCACUUCAAAGGCUGCCUACAGGACAUCACUCUGGACCACAUGCGCCUGUACCUUCACCUCCCAGAGGAGGAGUGCCACACCCACAAAGCGUUCCAGUGCUACAUCCCAAAACAAUCGGAGAACAUGUUGGAUGGCUGUGUCAGUGAUGAGGCAUGCAAGGCUGGUCCCUGUCAGAACGGAGGAACGUGCACAGUCACCUGGAAUGACUUUGAGUGCACCUGUCCCAUGAACUUCUCUGGCAGGCGAUGUGAUACACGCGUGUGGUGUGUCAGCGACCCCUGUGUCGUGGGCAGCCAGUGUGUGGAUCUAGUUGACGGUUACGAGUGCCUCACUAACGCCACCUUUGAGAGCAACGCUCUGCAGUUCACAGCUAAUGGCUCGCUGGUUGCCACGGUGACCAGUGUCUCCAUGGAUAUACGUACUCGGGAGGAGAACGGCGUGCUGCUGCGGGCCACUAACGGAGCAGAGGUCUUCUGUCUGGGUUUGCUCAACUCCUCCCUGCUGGUCAAACUACUGAGCGGCAACAGCCUGGAGCUACAGGCCUUCACCAGCGACCUGCCCAUCUCAGACGGGGCCUGGCACCACCUCCACCUGGCCAUGACAGAUCCCCUGCAGCCUGUGUCCCGCUGGCGCCUCACUGUGGACGGGCGCAGGGCUGGCAGCACCAUGGGCACGGCCGGGCACCUCAACUUCCUCAACAACACCACCGUGUGGCUGGCAGAAAACUACACAGGCUGUCUGGGAGAGGUGAGGGUGGGAGGAGUCUACCUACCUCUGUUGGACAACCAAGAUGCCCCCCAGGCAGCCCGGUUUAUCAGACAGGGGGGGCAGGAGAACAAGAUGGGGUGUGUUGCUACUGAUGUGUGUCAGUACCAGCCCUGCCUCAACCAGGGCACCUGCCAGGACCUCUGGAACCUGUUCAACUGCAGCUGUUCCCCAGGCUGGGAGGGAGAGUUCUGCCAGAGGGACACAGACGAGUGUGCCUCAGGCCCCUGUGCCCACGGCACCUGCACAGACCUGCUGGCAAACUACCAGUGUGAGUGUCACAAAGGAUGGGGGGGCAGGGACUGUGAGGAGGAGGUGGAUGACUGCCUGGAGCACAGCUGUUUGAACGGGGGCUCCUGCCUAGAUGGGACGGGUACCUACCAGUGUGUCUGCCCCCCUGGAUACACCGGCCGCCGCUGCCAAUGGAGAUUCCCUCCACAGCAGUGUGAUGAAGAGACGCAGUGUGACAACGGUGGGGUCUGCGUGGAUGGGAUCUGGGGUACCAACUGCACCUGUAAACCUGGCUACACUGGAGACUGGUGUGAGGCAGAGAUAGAUGAGUGUGAGUCCAGACCCUGUCUCAACGGUGCUACCUGCCUGGACCGACUCAGCAGCUUCCAGUGUGUGUGUGUGCCGGGCUUCAGCGGCACACAGUGUGAAAGCAAUAGACAGGAGCAGAGGCAGCGUGUGCCCUGGCUGGUGGUGGCCAUCCCUCUGGCCAGCCUGUGUGUGUUGCUGGCUGUGGUGGCCCUGGUGUUCAUGGUGCUGACCGCACGCAAGAAGCGCCAGUCGGAGGGCACCUACAGCCCCAGCGCCCAGGAGGUGGCAGGGGCACGGCUGGAGAUGGGCAGUGUACUCAAAGUGCCCCCGAGGAGAGGCUCAUAUGAGCCCCACACAGAACAGCAACACACACUACCUUCACUCGGCUACAGGUCGGACACCUAGCCUCCCUGGCUCAGACACACAACCAGACACAGGCGAGGACUGGUCAGAAUCACUAAGAGGUGUCCAGCGUGUGAAAGGUCACCAGUGGUGUGGACAUGUUCCCUCACGGUGAUGCCACCGCCACACUGCUGCUGCUGGGUCAUGGGGUUGGGGGUGAUUCAACCCGGAACUAAUCUCUUUAUAGAAAGAGGUGACGUGGUCUGUCUGAGCCGCAGAGAAGGGCAGGAUAGAGGAUGAAAGAGCUCUCGUCUCCCCAGGACUUGAGCACUGCUGUCUGGUUGAGUCUAAUCAGCUAGUCCCCUCCCUGGAGCGAUGAACCAUUACUGGACUCCAGUGUCUCUCUAUACAAUAGCUACCCGUGUACAUUCUGUACCCCACAUUGAUUAUGUGUGAGUUCACUCUAAUGACCAUUUUGAUGGUAAAACAUUGUAUUUUUCUCUGGAUGUGCAUUUAACAAUUAACAGGCAAUGCACUGUACCAAUACUGUUCUUUCCGACUCCGUGUAAAUACUGUAAUGGUCUUAUUUCUAAAUCUAUGAUGUGUUUUUUGUUCAUGUCAUUGUCUUGUGCAAAUGUAUGAGGUGCUCCUAAAACUCAAACUCAUAGAAAGUGGAUUGAGACCACUUAAAUGCUAUCAGCCAUCUCAAACUCUGAUGCCACAGUAUUCAGACAGGAUACAUUUACCCAAACCUACACUCCUGUCAGUCUCUUAAUCUAUCCUCACCAGAGCCACUACUUAACCAGCCAAGUGAUCAAUGGACGUUUUCACUGUCCACUGGAGGUGCUGAAGAUAGAUAUUGUGCUCUAGUUCUUUUCUGUAACUAUGGAUGAUGUACCACAUGCUUAUACUGUAACUAAGCUGAAUGAAAGCAACACCUAAUUAGCUUGAAAUGAAGUUUACGCAACCCCACGCUAAAGGCAAGUCAUUGAAAGAUAGUUAAUUGUCAUGAAUUGACUUCCACAUGACUUUAUGAAUGAGUUUGUGUGUGCCUUCCUUACAGAAUGGAUGGAAUGCUGAGAAACACAACAUUUGACUCUUGUACAUUCUACAUUGGAUAUGCUAUCUAUCUAUAUGUUGAUUUUUGUGUGGCCCUAUCUAAAAUAUAGUUGACUGGAGGGAACUAUGUGUUGUCUCAAAGGAAAACUCACUGUGAUGACCGUGUUGACGUCUGUGUGGAGUGCUGUAGAGCAGUAUGACAGACCGACAAAGAGACAGAGCAGGUUUCUGUUUGAGCUCGGUCGGUCCUCCCCCUCCCCGUCCUGCAGGGCUAGGUGAUUCAGUACGAUCCAGGGAGACAUGUACUGACAAUUCACUGAUGUUAGCGCUGCUCCAGUGUUGGAUUAUACAGAGUACAUUCCAGGGUUGGGAUCAACUGCAGUCAAUUCACAAAGUGAACAUUGCCCAGUGAAUUGUCAAUUGAAAACGGAAUUGACCCCAACCCUGGUACACUCUGGAUUCGCAUCUACAACAGGGGAUAGAUUGGACUGAUCUGUAUUUGAGUUCUGAAUAGUAUGGUAGGAGCUUACACUGGACACACCUCGUCUCAGGCAGUACCAACUACAGUAACGAACAGCAAGGAAUGCUGGGUAGGCUACACUGGUAUGUAUAGGGAGUAUUCUGUGAUUAUUCUGGAAAAUGUGAUUGGGUAGUAACACUGUAACAUGAUGCAAUUGUAAACCGUGUGAUUUAUUCAAAACUCUAAAGUUUCUAUUGGAUGUCAACAGUGAAACUGAUGCAAAAGAGAAUGAUAAUUAAAGCAACACCAUGGAAUGAA